GUGGCGCCAUGUCGGUCUUCCACGACGAGGUGGAGAUUGAGGACUUCGAGUAUGAUGAGGAGACCGAGACUUACAGCUACCCGUGUCCCUGCGGGGACCGCUUCCUCAUCACGCGGGAGGACCUCGAGAACGGUGAGGACGUGGCCACCUGCCCCAGCUGCUCUCUGAUUUUGCGUGUCAUUUACGACCAGGAGCAGUUCAUGCGUGACGAAGUCGUUGCAGAGCCUGUGACAAGCACGGAACUGGUUAAGUGCUGACUAAUACAUCAUGAACUGUUGCUGCUGUAGAAUAAGAACGUAUGGGGAUGGCAAUCCCGGAAAGAGACAAGG